AUGGAGCAUGCCCACCAGUUCGCCAUCGCCCUGUCCAUCAUCGCCUGCCGCUCCCAGCUAGGACGGCACCUCUUUCACUUCUUCAAGCUGGCAGCGCGAUCACGCAACCAGGGCAAUCGGGUGCAGCAGUCUGACGAUGUGCCGCCCGGCAUCAAGGAGCUGUUCCAGCCGGACUCGCAGUUACAGGCCCCGGACCGCUGGCCACCCGGGCCCAGUGAACACCCCGCUCAUCAUGUCUUCUCCGAUCUGGAGAUCACGGUCAGGGAGAUUAAAAAGGCCAUGCGCUGGCUCCACCACAUGGCAUACACAUAUGCUGCCCCCGGACGCGCGCUCCGGCAGUGCAAUAGUGUUCUGCAGCGUAUUGCCCCCAGCCUGGGUAUCGACCUCAGUGAUCUUCCCGAUUGCAGAGCCUUGCCUACUGAUGGAAAUGCAUUACAUUUGAUUGACGGUGUUGACGAACGCGAGGGUAACAAAGUUCGAUCAGCUCCAAUUGUUUCAGCACAACCGUAA